GUGGCUGGGUGGCUGGUUGGCCGGCUACUAAGGAACUCUCGACACUUCUACUGGAGAAGCAAAGAAACUAACAUGGAGCAGGGGAAGGGUUUGGCUGGCCUCUUCCUGGUGAUCUCUCUUCUUCAAGGCACCGUGGCCCAGCAAAAACAAGAAAAGCAUUUGGUAAAAGUGGAUGAUAGCCAAGGAGAUGGCUCUGUACUUCUGACUUGUGACUUGAAUGAGAAGACUAUCACAUGGCUUAAAGACGGGCACAGAAUAAGUCCUCCAAAUGCAACUAAAAGCACGUGGAAUCUGGGCAACGGUGCCAAAGACCCUCGAGGCAUGUAUCAGUGCCAAGGAGCAAAGAAGAAGUCGAAGCUCCUGCAAGUGUACUACAGACUGUGUGAGAACUGUGUUGAGCUAAAUAUGGGCACUGUGUCCGGCUUUAUCUUCGCUGAAAUCAUCAGCAUUUUCUUCCUUGCUGUUGGUGUAUACUUCAUUGCUGGACAGGAUGGAGUUCGCCAGUCAAGAGCUUCAGACAAGCAGACUCUGUUGCAAAAUGAACAGGUCUACCAGCCCCUCAAGGACCGGGAAUAUGAACAGUACAGCCGUCUCCAAGGAAACCAAGUGAGGAAGAAGUGAACUCAGCAGGAAUUCAGA